AGGCCAUGUGGCCCCAUCCCAGGAUGUCGGAGCACAGAGGGACGCUCAAGAUCAGUUUCUGCAUGGCUGAGGAGCACCGGCCUGUUUCCACCCUCGGUUCUUUCAGUAGCCUGGUGCAGGGGGAAUAAGGCGUCUCUCUGGGCAGCUCUGCUGGCUGUUGAGAGAUUUGGGCUGUUUGCAAAGGAGCUUUGGAUCCCAGGAGAGCUGCAGGUGGGCAGCAGGCAGCCGAGGUGGCAGCAGAGCUGUGCGUGCUGCACUUAACUCUGCUCCUGGUUUUCUUCAUCGUUGUUUCCCAAGAAGUUGGUGCAGCUCUGGGACGUUCAGUCAUGGUGGUUUCUUCCCCAAGUUCCUCCUCUUCUGCUCAGUUCUGUGCCAACAGGGGAGAUUUCAGAUUGGCUGAAGGGCUUCCUGAGUUGUGGAUGAGCUGCUGUGCUUUCCCUCUAGCGGUGGUGGAGGCCGUGCAUCGCCUGGAUCUCAUCCUCGGCAACAAGGCAGCGUACCAGGAGGUGUUCAAGCCCGAGAACAUCAGCCUGAGGAACAAGCUGCGGGAGCUGUGUGUGAAGCUGAUGUUCUUGCAUCCCGUGGAUUAUGGCAGAAAAGCGGAAGAGCUGCUCUGGAGAAAGGUUUACUAUGAAGUUAUCCAACUCAUCAAGACGAAUAAGAAGCACAUCCACAGCCGCAGCGCCCUGGAGUGCGCCUACCGCACUCACCUGGUGGCCGGCAUCGGGUUCUACCAGCACCUGCUGCUCUACAUCCAGUCCCACUACCAGCUGGAGCUGCAGUGCUGCAUCGACUGGACGCACGUGACGGACCCGCUGAUGGGCUGCAAGAAACCCGUGUCUGCGUCGGAGAAGGAGAUGGAGUGGGCGCAGAUGGCGUGCCACCGAUGCCUGGUUUACCUGGGGGAUCUGGCCCGCUACCAGAACGAGCUGGCAGGUGUGGACACGGAGCUGCUGGCCGAGCGCUUCUACUACCAGGCGCUGUCUGUCGCGCCGCAGAUCGGCAUGCCCUUCAAUCAGCUGGGGACGCUGGCUGGGAGCAAAUACUACAACGUGGAUGCCACGUACUGCUACUUACGCUGCAUUCAAUCUGAAGUGUCCUUCGAAGGCGCCUCCGGGAACCUGAAGCGGCUCUACGACAAAGCGGCCAAAAUGUACCAGCAGCUGAAGAAGUGUGAGAGCAGGAAGCUGUCGCCCAGCAGGAAGCGCUGCAAAGACAUUAAGAGGCUGCUGGUGAGCUUCAUGUACCUGCAGAGCCUUCUGCAGCCCAAGAGCAGCUCUUUGGAUUCUGAGCUGACAUCUCUGUGCCAGUCCGUGCUGGAGGAUUUCAACCUGUGCUUGUUCUACCUGCCUUCCCCUCCCAACCUGAGCUCAGUGAGCGAGGACGAGGAGGAAUACGAGAGCGGCUACUCCUUCCUUCCCGACCUGCUCAUCUUCCGCAUGGUGAUCAUCUGCUUCAUGAGCGUGCACAGCCUCAGGCGUGCAGGCUCCAAGCAGUACAGCGCCGCCAUCGCUUUCACUCUGGCCCUCUUCUCUCACCUCAUCAACCACGUCAACAUUCGCCUGCAGGCGGAGCUGGAGGAAGGGGAGAACCCGGUGCCGGCGUUCCGCAGCGAUGGCGCAGAUGAGCUGGAGCCGCAGGAGCCCCUCAGCGCCACGGAGAAGGAAGGUGAGGCGGAGCUGCCCAAUCACCACCCCAGAGAGGAGGAACGGAAACACGACUGCAAGAAAAGCAAGAAAUACUCACGGCUUUCCUGCCUGCGCCGCCGCCGGCACCCGCAGAAGGCGGAUGAGAGCGACCUGAGCGAGGGCUUCGACUCCGACUCCAGCCAGGGCUCCACGAAGGGCAGCGACGGCUCCGACAGCGGCUCGGAGAAGAGCGACGAGGAAGCAGAGGCCGCUUUUGACGUGGAGACGGACUCUGACAUGAACAGCCAGGAGUCGCGGUCCGACCUGGAGGACAUGGAGGACGAGCCGGGCAAGGAGGGCAGCGAGCGAGGCCAGAGCGGGGCCAGGGAGGGCCUAAAAAACGGCGUGGAUGGCAGCGGGUCGGGGGACUGCAAGAACACGAGCGGCUCUAAAAUGGAGAGUGCGGAUCCAGCCGUAAACGGGCCCGUGUCCCUGAGCGCCAGCGACGCCAGCAUCGCCAGCAACCUGCAGGCCAUGUCCACGCAGCUCUUCCAGACCAAGCGCUGCUUCCGCUUGGCCCCCACCUUCAGCAACAUCCUCCUGAAGCCCAGCACCGAGCCGCCCGCCUUGAAGGGCAGCUUGGCUGGCAAGCCCUGCGUCAACGGCGAUGUGGAGAAGCCCAGCUCAGCAGAGCAGGACGUGUCUGACUCUGAGGAGAGCGUGUUGAGCGCCAAGUCGUGCAGGAACGAGCGGUCCCUGCAGGAGAAGCUGGAGAUUGUGAGCAACGAGGGGCUGCUGCUCACCGUCAAGGUGUUCCUGGACUGGCUGAGGACAAACACGGACUUCAUCAUCAUGUGUGCUCAGAGCUCCCAGAGCCUAUGGAACAGGCUGUCCGUGCUCCUCAACCUGCUGCCUUCUGCUGCCGACCUGCAGGAGUCAGGUAUGGAGAAGGGCAGCACAGCACAGUGCUCCCUUCUGCCUGCAGCCCUUUGCUUACCAGGGAGGGACUUCGUUGUUGUGCUGUUUUCUGCUCAAACCCCUCUGGGGUCACUUGCCAUCCCUUAGGCAUCAGCAGGUAGGGACCUCUUCCACGUGUUACACAAUCACAGAA